AUGGCUAAUACUUACGGCUUAUUCUCAUCGGAAGUGACAAAAAGCGAGACAUUUGUCGAUCAAUUGGUCGUCAAUUUGAUCACAAUCUCAAAGAUUCACUGUCACCCUAUACCUCACUUAACCAAUGAGCAUGUGAGAUUGAAGUGCAUAUACCGUAAGAGCACUCACCAUUUGGUCCACACAAUGGAUAAUACAAGCGAUUGGAUUGAAGCCAUUGUCUGCCAAACGAGUCCAAUGGAUGUCCACAACGUUUGCCAUCUCCAUUUCUCACUAAUCCUGAAACCAAUGAGCGCUCAAAAGGAUUGAAUAUUUUGACACAAAUUGUCACUUCAUUGCCAAAUGACUUGUUGUCACUCAAAGAAGUGCAACACUUGACUCGUUUCUAUUGCGAUCGACUUCGGGAUCAUUACUCUCUCAUCUCUAACGUCUUUUCCGGAC